AAAAUAUUAUUAAAAGUUUAAACAAAACACAAUAUUAUCGUGGUUUCACCAAAGUCAUCACUAUCAAUCCAAACCAAACAUGCAAUUAAUGAUUUCUCGAAAAACAAUAGAUUAGUUUCUAUUUUUUGUAUUUGUUUUUUAAGAUUUAUAUUCCAUUUUCUAUUAUAUAUAAAAGGCUAUACACUUUCAUAAGAUAUUCACUUCUUCCUAACUUGUGUUUCUGUACCUCAUUGUAUCUUCCUACUUGAAACCAUGAACUCUAUUCAACAAACAAAUGAAAAAUGGAAGGGCAAAGCCAAAACAGAAAUACUAGGAUGCAAAUCUGAACAAGUAUGGCCACUUUUAGAGGAUUUUUUUGGCCUUGACAAAUGGUUUCCAACUCUCUCAACAUGCAUACCAAUUGAAGGAACAUCAGGCAAACCAGGUUGUGUCCGUUUCUGUGCAGGUUUCAAGACUCCUAUAGAUAAACAUGACAAAAAAACUUUGAAUUGGACUAAGCAGAAACUUCUUUCAAUUGAUCCAAUUCAAAAGGUGUUUAGUUAUUCAAUUAUUGAUGGAAAUGUUGGAUUUCAUUCCUAUGUUUCAACUGUUAAGGUAGUGAGAAAAGAAAAAGGAUGUGAGAUUGAGUGGAUAUAUGAAGUUGAACCUGUUGAAGGAUGGAGAUUGGAAGAUCUUGAUUUUUUCAUAGGUUCUGGCUUGGAUGUCAUGGCUCAAAGAAUUCAACAAGCUUUCAAGACCAUGGAAGAUGCACUUCAAGCUUAAUAUUCAUGUCAUCUAUUAAUGGUAUUAGUAAGUUUAUAAAUAAGGUGUUAUAUAAAUUAUCUUUGUUUGGUGUGUUUUGUAUUUCUAGCAAAAACUAAGCUUGAUUAAUAUAAAAGUGUGUUUAUGAUUCUA